GCAGCCUCGCCGUCCGCACUCUCGCUCGGCGAGCGGCCGGGGCGAACGGACUGACCGACGGACGGACGGACGGGCCCGCGCGCUGCCUGCACUCCCGGGGGCGCGGGACCCGGGCGUCGACGGCCAGCCCCAGCCUUCCGCGCCCCGCCGCGCCCCGUCGGGGCCGAUGGCUGCUCCCGAGGCUCGCAGCCCGGGGGGCGCGGGGUAGACCGCCGCGGCCCGGCCACGCCGCGCGGGGCCCUCCCGGAGCCCCGCGGGGUCCCCCACAGUCCGUCCGGCGGGCUCCGGGAGCCCGUGGAGGCGCCCUCCCCCCGCCACCCCCUCCCCCGAGCGUCGCGACAAGAUGCUGCCCGGGCUCGGGAGCCUGCUGCCAGGUCCCCCGGCCUGCGUCCUGCUGCUCCUCCUGGCCGCAGCCCCCGUCGCCGCCCGCUGCCCCAUGCUCUGCACCUGCUACCCGGCGCCGCCCACCGUGAGCUGCCAGGCCAACAACUUCUCGGCGGUGCCGCGGGCCCUGCCGCCCGGCACGCAGCGCCUCUUCCUGCAGAACAACCUCAUCACCGCGCUGCGGCCCGGCUCCUUUGGGCCCAGCCUGCUCACCCUGUGGCUCUUCUCCAACAACCUCUCGGCCAUCUACCCGGGCACCUUCCGCCACCUGCAGGCGCUCGAGGAGCUGGACCUGGGCGACAACCGGCACCUGCGCUCGCUGGAGCCCGACACCUUCCAGGGCCUGGAGCGGCUGCAGUCGCUGCACCUCUAUCGCUGCCAGCUCAGCAGCCUGCCCGGCACCGUCUUCCGCGGCCUGGUCAGCCUGCAGUACCUCUACCUCCAGGAGAACAGCCUGCUCCACCUACAGGAUGACCUGUUCGCGGACCUGGCCAACCUGAGCCACCUCUUCUUGCACGGGAACCGCCUGCGGCUGCUCACGGAGCACGUGUUCCGCGGCCUGGGCAGCUUGGACCGGCUGCUGCUGCACGGGAACCGGCUGCAGGGCGUGCACCGCGCAGCCUUUCGCGGCCUCGGCCGCCUCACCAUCCUCUACCUGUUCAACAACAGCCUGGCCUCGCUGCCCGGCGAGGCGCUGGCCGACCUGCCGGCGCUCGAGUUCCUGCGACUCAACGCCAACCCUUGGGCGUGCGACUGCCGCGCGCGGCCGCUCUGGGCCUGGUUCCAGCGCGCGCGCGUGUCCAGCUCCGACGUGACGUGCGCCUCGCCGCCCGAGCGCCGGGGCCGCGACCUGCGCGCGCUCCGCGAGGCCGACUUCCAGGCCUGCCCGCCCGCCGCGCCCACGCGGCCCGGGGGCCGCGCGCGCGCCAACAGCUCCUCCAACCACCUGUACGGGGUGGCUGAGGCCGGGGCGCCGCCGGCCGACCCCUCCACCCUCUACCGCGACCUGCCCGCCGAGGACGCGCGGGGGCGCCCGGGCGGCGACGCGCCCACCGAGGACGACUACUGGGGCGGCUACGGCGGCGAGGACCGGCGGGGCGAGCAGACGUGCCCCGGCGCCGCCUGCCAGGCGCCCGCGGACUCCCGCGGCCCCGCGCGCGCGCCCGGGCUCGCCGCCCCGCUGCUUUGCCUGUUGAUCCUGGCGCCCCACCACCUCUGACCGCGGUGCUGAGAUUGAAGCGGCCGGCGUCUCCCGGCCCCCGACCCCCGCCCCUCACCCUCAGUACCCAGUGCCCACUGCGGGCUGGCGGCCUGCCUUCUUCUCCUCCCAGCGCCUCGCAUCCCCAGGGACGCGGCCACCUCCCGGGCCGCUGGCUGAUGGCAGCCCCCGGAGCGCACGUCUGGUGGCCCAGCCACCCGAAGCCAUGGCCGGGAUCUUCUCCCCACCUCCGGCCGUCAACCCGUGCCCAUCCCGAGGCUGAGUGGGCACCCCGGGCCGCCGCGGACCCCGUCCCCCAGCGCCCACGGUGGACUCGAGAGGGGCUUUGUCUGCGGAGCAGCGCCCACCAGCAGAGCCCUCGUAUGCUCCGGGAAGGGCGCCGCUCUCGGGAGCCCUUUGGAGGGACGCCAGGCCAGCCCCAGGCCUCUGCUUAUCCUCACCCCCCGCCUCAACUUCCCGACACUGGAGAAAUACUUUUCUCCUAAGUCUACUCUGGACACUUUUGAGGGUGCCUGGAGAGAACGGUUCCUCUCCACCAUGGCCCCUGUGUGGUGAAGAUCAACAGACAUUGUUUGGGGGGGGAAAAAGUUUAUUAAAAAAUUCUAUUAUUUUA